UUAUCCGUGUCCGGGUAGGUUGAUUACGCUCUGCAGCGCUGAGCCGAGCGGGGCUGUGCGGAAAGCAGUGCAUUUAAAACCGCCCAGGGAAGACACCGCAUUUACGAGGCUAGUUUUGUUUUCGGCUGCUUCCCUCCUUCCCUCGUCGUCCCGGGUUGACUUUGUCCGGACCACAAUGACUCGGUCGAGAGGAGUGCAGCACCGCUUCACCUGAGCGAGUGUGUUUUCUUGUAACUCCAUCAAACACUUACUCUGCUACUUUUUUAUUUCAUUUAAUUGGAUGCCGUGUCGGACUGCUGCCAUUCAAGGAGGACUCGUGCUUGUGUCAGCUUGAGUGUUUGCCUUAAAAUAAAGAAAAGCAAGGUUAUGUAGGUAGGCACUACUGUCGGAUACCUCUUCGCCCCGUUGUUUACAUGUUGUAAUUGGAUUUUCCAUCAUUUCCAGCAGCAGAAGCAGCAGCAGCAGCAGUAGUAGCAGCAGCAGCAGCAGCACAGGGUUUCCUCCUUCUCCUCCCUCCUUCUCCUCCUCCUGUUCCUCCUGUUGGGAGCUUUUUGCCGGCUGGUGGAAAAGAAGAUGGGACUACCUGCUCUGGAGUUCAGUGACUGCUACCUGGACAGCCCGCAGUUCAGGGACAGACUCAAGUCCCACGAGCUGGAGCUGGACAAGACCAACAAGUUCAUCAAGGAGCUGAUUAAAGACGGCAAAGCGCUGAUCCAGGCUUUGAAAAGUCUGUCAACAGCCAAAAGGAAGUUUGCUGAUUCUCUCAACGAGUUUAAAUUCCAGUGUAUUGGAGAUGCUGAGACGGAUGAUGAGAUAUGCAUAGCCAAGUCUCUUCAGGAGUUUGCAGCAGUCCUUCAGAACCUGGAGGAUGAGAGGACACGGAUGAUUGAGAACGCCAAUGAUGUGCUCAUUAUGCCUCUGGAGCGGUUCAGGAAAGAACAGAUAAGUGCAGCUAAGGAAGCCAAGAAAAAAUAUGACAAAGAAACAGAGAAGUAUUGUGCAGUGCUGGAGAAGCACCUUAGCCUUUCAGCGCGGAAAAAAGAGGCACAUCUGCAUGAGGCGGACAACCAGGUAGAUAACGUACGGCAGCAUUUCUACGAAGUCUCUCUUGAGUACGUCUUCAAGGUGCAGGAGGUCCAAGAGAGGAAGAUGUUUGACUUUGUGGAGCCCCUUUUGGCGUUCCUCCAAGGCCUGUUCACCUACUAUCACCAUGGCUAUGAGCUGGCAAAGGACUUCAACCACUUCAAGACUGAUCUCACCAUCAGCAUACAGAAUACGAGGAACCGCUUUGAGAGCACGCGGUCGGAGGUGGAGAGUCUGAUGAGGAAGAUGAAGGAGAAUCCACAUGAACACAAGAGUGUCAGCCAGCACACCAUGGAGGGAUACCUGUUUGUGCAGGAGAAGCGCUCAUUUGUUUCUACCUGGGUGAAGUACUACUGCACAUAUCAUCGUGAGCCCAAGAGGGUCACCAUGGUCCUUUUUGACCCUAAAUCAGGAGGGAAAACAGGAGAAGAGGAGAGCUUUACCCUCAAGUCGUGCACCAGGAGGAAGACAGACUCAAUAGAAAAGAGGUUCUGUUUUGAUGUGGAGGCUGUGGACAGGCCAGGCGUAAUUACCAUGCAGGCUCUGUCAGAAGAAGACCGCAGGUUGUGGAUGGAGGCCAUGGAUGGGAGAGAACCGGUAUACAAUCUGAACAAAGACAACCAGGCUGAAGGCAUGGCUCAGCUGGAUGUGAUCGGGUUUAACGUGAUGAAAAAAUUCAUUUACGCGGUGGAGACUCGAGGUAUCGAUGACCAGGGCUUGUACAGAAUCGUUGGCGUCAACUCAAGAGUCCAAAAACUACUGAGCCUCGCAAUGGAUCCCAAGACAUGUGCUGAUGUGGAGCUGGAAAACCAAGAGUGGGAGAUCAAGACUAUCACGAGUGCUAUCAAGCAUUAUCUCAGAGUGCUGCCGGCUCCUCUUAUGACAUACCAGUACCAGAGGAGCUUCAUCAAAGCUGCCAAGUUGGAUAACCAAGAAGCCAGAGUGACAGAGAUCCAUGCGCUGGUGCACCGGCUGCCUGAGAAGAACAGACAGAUGCUGGAGCUGCUAAUGAAGCACCUGGCCAAUGUGGCCAAUCACCAUCAGCAGAACCUGAUGACCAUCGCCAAUCUGGGCGUGGUCUUCGGGCCAACUCUGCUCCGCCCGCAGGAGGAGACGGUGGCAGCCAUCAUGGACAUCAAGUUCCAGAACAUUGUAGUCGAGAUCCUCAUAGAGCACCAUGAGAGGAUAUUCAGGGAUGUGCCGACUUCUGCAGGCGGUCCGACCAACAUGCAGCUCAACCUGUCCAGGAGGAGAAGUGCAGAGAGUAAAGCUCCGUCCUGCAGUGAGAGGCCUCUCACACUCUUCCACACACCAACACAUUCCCAGAAAGGUGAAAAGAAGAACAGUCUUGUCAAUGCCACAGUCACCGAGCUGCAGCAGCCGGUUUCCUCCUCAACCAACUGUAACAGCAGCAGCAGUAGCAGCAGCAGCAGCCAAGGUCGAACCCCGAGACACAGCCUGACCAGCAACGACGGAGAGCAGGACACCCGGCAAAUCCGGCCCAGCUCACUCGCAAUGUCUCCCAGCCCCACGUCACCACGUUCGCCCUCCUGGCCAAUGUUCUCAGCCCCAUCAAGUCCUCAGCCAACAUCCUCCGCCUCCAGUGACUCCUCCCCUGUCAGUAUUGCGGGCAGGAAGGCUCGAGCACUAUAUGCCUGCAAAGCAGAGCAUAACUCUGAGCUGUCCUUCAUCGCUGGUACCAUCUUUGAGAACGUUCAUGCCUCCAGGGAACCCGGUUGGCUGGAGGGGACCCUGGACGGCCGCACAGGAUUGAUACCAGAAAACUAUGUGGAGUUUUUAUAGUCCAGAGCCAAGAAAAAAAGACUUUAAGUGGACAAUCCUGGACUCAAGUUGACCAAAUGGGACACUAGAGGACUUGAUUUGACUGCACAGGACUGAGGUGGCUCUAAUUGAUCAUAUAUCAUACUGGACUAGACCAUUGUUAAUGAGGCUCGAAUGGACUGGGAAAUUGAAACUGGACCAAGCAGCAUCUUUGGGAUAUAACACAGGAUCGAAGGAGAAACCCAUGGAUUGCACUGGAAAAAAACACACACAAAAAAAAAUAGAGAUGAAUUCCACUGUGGUUCCAGUUGUUAUUAGAUUAGCAGAGAAGAUGUGGAAAUUAACCUAGAAUGUGUGCGGGUGAAAAAAACUGGAGGAUUUUAGAGAAAUUCAAAUAUAUGAAUGAGUUUAUAUUGAGCUAUAAGGCUUUUUAGCCCUUGCUUUAUUACUCUGAACUGCACUGCCAUAGCUUCAGAAUCUCCUCUUUUUAUCAUCCAGAAAUAGAAAAAUCUUCCCAUGGAGAUGAUGGAGAUGAUGACAGGGAACAAGAGAAAAAGCAAAUGGCCUUUGACUUUGGACUUGCUAGUUCAUCUCCUCACUGUGCGCUGUUUGGAUGAUUGCUAAUCCCAUUGAGGGUACUGGAGCUUUUAAAGCCAAUUUUAGUGAUUGGGUUUUGGUUGUAUGGCUCGAAAUGUGAUUGUGAGCACUUACUGUGGCGGUCCGGUAAUUCCCCAGGACAAGACUGAACUUGGCUAAUAUUUUAGAUCUCCAGUUCAGCAGCAGGAGCCCUGGGGCAGAUCAGCACAGGAUGAGGUCGCCAUUUAAACAGCAGAGUUGGGUUUAUUCUUAUUUAAUGCCUCUCCCUGCAGAGCCCCUACAAAAAUGUGAAAAAUUUCAAAACAAGCUCCACAAGCAGGUCAGCGGUUUACAUUGCAGCAUAGAAGUUACAACUGAUACCUGCUGGUGAAAACGAGCCCAGCUGUGAGGCCUCGCUCUGCUUCCCCAGCUUACUUACUUUUUGAAUGUUGGAAAUAAUUGAAUCCAGUAUUGUACAUAGUUUUAAGUCAUGUUUUCACCAUUUUCAGAAUGUUGUAUUUUUUUCAUCACAAAGCACCUGUGUACCAAACCAUGACUAAUUUUUUUUUACCUUAUUUCAGAAAUACAUAAAAUACGUAUAGGCAAGCUGGUCUGCUUCGGGGCACCGGUGACUGUCCUCAUUUCAUGAGUCGAAGCUGAACUAUUUCCUUGACCAUCUUGGUGAGCGUCUGUAUCAAAUUACUUUGUUCAAUUGAUUAUUUUUUGUUAGGACAGAAUAUUGGAAGACAUUUUAGCAUUUUAACAGGAAAAUCAAAUGAUUAAGUCAAAAAAAACUUUAAUGUGAAAUGAGACUACUUUGUUCAUAUCUGAACUUCUUAUUUAUGAGAGUUUCUUAAAGGCUCAAUCCUGAACUGUAUUCAUUUUGAGGUGUUUUAUUGACAUUGUAAAUAAAUACACAGCAUUUGAUAAGGUAUAAUUUUUUUAAGUAUGAAAUUUUAUAUUUUGUAUUUUAGUAUACUAACUUAAUUCCUUAAUUUCAUCUUUGUUGACCAGAUUUUUGUAUCAUUUAAGUCUAUCUACAGCCUUAAGUAUUCUUUCAGAUGUUUUGGUGAAUUGACAAGAUUCUGCAGAAUUAAAGCUAAAUGUUCACCAGUUG